AUGGGGCUUUACACGACGUUGCCAGAGGAUAUCCAAGAGGUUGACGUUAUUAUCGCCGGAGGAGGAACUGCUGGAUGUGUCCUGGCGUCCAGGCUCGUCGAUGCUGAUCCUACACUCUCCGUGCUGUUGAUUGAAGAUGGACCCAAUAACCAGGAGAACCCACUGGUUGCCCAUCCGCUAAUGUGGCGCCCCCUUCUGCAUCCUCAGACCGGAUCGGCCAUAUACUAUCUCGGGAAGGAGGAAGCUCAGCUUGCUGGGCGAGGCAUACCCGUUGCGUGUGGUGGGAUCCUUGGGGGCGGGAGUUCUAUCAAUUUUUCCAUGUACACUCGACCUCAGGCUAUCGACUACGAUGCUUGGGACAUGGAAGGCUGGUCAGCUCAUGACUUGCUGCCAUUCAUGAACAAGGUUGAGACUUACCAUGGCGAUGGAAAGAAAGAGCACCAUGGCCUAGAAGGUCCCAUCCAGAUCUCCAGUGGCCCAUUCCGCCAAGUGGAAGCCGAAAGGGACUUCAAAUCCGCCAUGGCUCAGGUUGGCUACCCUGAGAUGCGAGACUUGCAAGACCUCCACUCGAAUAACGGCGCGUCGCACUGCUUGAAGUACGCAUCGGUCGACGGCAUCCGACAAGACGUCGCCCGUACGUACUUGCACCCAAGGCUCCAAGACGGCCGACACGAGAACCUCCAUGUGCUCGUUGAAUCGCAAGUGAUCAAGGUUCUCUUCGAUGAGAAAACCAAGCGAGCUACUGGAGUUGAGUACAGACCCAACCCUGCCUUCCAUAAGGACAUGGCACAGCGCGCCGCACGUGAAGUCAAGGCCAGGAAACUAGUUGUCCUAUCGUGUGGAGCUCUCGGUACCCCAGGAAUCCUCGAACGAUCGGGUGUUGGUGACCCUCAGGGCCUGCGAGACGCUGGAGUUCCUGUGGUAGCAGAUGUCCCAGGCGUAGGCGACGGGUACCAGGACCAUCAAGUGGUUUCUUAUCACUACAAGUCGAGCAUUCCCAAGGAGGAGACCAACGACGCUGCUUUUGCUUCUGCAGACCCGCCCGCAAGCAUUGGGAAGCUCCUGAUGAGUCGGGACAAGAUCCUCGGAUGGAACGGUUUCGAUGCCUCGUUCAAGAUCCGGCCGACCGAGAAAGAAGUCGACGCUCUCGGCCACGACUUUCGGACGGUAUGGGACAGAGACUUUAGAGAUGUCGCUGAAAAGCCUCUGUCCUUGGGGAACCUGUCCAUGGGACUCCUUGGGGACCCGAACCAGUUUCCCAAAGACACCUCUUACUUCGGUCUGGGUCUCUACAAUGCAUACCCCUAUUCGAGAGGACAUGUCCAUAUAACGGGCCCUACUCUCGAAGGCCCUCUCGACUUCAAGACCGGGUUCCUAUCGGAUCCCCAAGAGAUCGACAUGAAGACACACAUCUGGGCGUACAAGAAACAGCGCGAAGUAGCGCGCCGAAUGAAGAUAUACCAAGGCGAAAUACCCAGCCACAAGCCCGACUUCGCCCCGGACUCCCGUGCCGUCAUCGCGCAGGGCCGUCCCGCACGGAUCCGGUGA